AUGUCCACUCCCUCCCUCAAUGCGCGCCGACGUGUGAUUGACUCCGUCUUCUCCCCCGCGUCACUUCUAGCUCAGCCGCCGUCUACAAUUUGGGAACAAGACGAACAGAUUGCCCUCUCAUUUGCAUCAAAUGGCUCCAAUGCUACGAUCAAAUUCGAGUCAUUCUAUGAAUCAGACCUAAAUAGACGCCAAAAAUGGGAUCAGGCUUGGUCUUCAGCAACUGCCUACCUGUCUGUUCCUGAUCGGGGAUUUUUGCCGAUCUUCAAAGCCAGAGGGACUGAUGGAAAUGAACUGCUUAAGGAGUGGAACCGUUUGAGCCCAUUCGGCGAGGAUUCUGAAGCCCUGUCGUAUCUUAUGGCUGUCGAUCGGUCGGCAAGUCCCCCGAAACCUCUGAGUGCAACGUGCCUAUUUUCCUGGUAUGGUGAUGAGAUCCGAAGACAUUUUCUGGUGAAUGUUCGCGAUGGGCUUGUCGAGGUUAUGAGCAACCCCGACAGAGAAGGUCUGCUUCGGACAACUGUGGACUGUCUACAACUGGUUUAUCGGGUCUAUUUGGCACCUGUCGUUCCUCAUCUCUUGCCACUCCUUCCUAGGUCCGAGCAAGAAUCAGGUUUGGCUGGCCUGCAGCGAAGCUUCCACACGUUAGUAUCAAAUACCUUGCCAUGGACACAGAUUUCACCGUUAUUGGCUGGGGAGUUUGCCCAAGAUUCUCUUGUAAUCUUGGGUAUCGAUACCUUGGUCCCUGGCCUUUAUGAACCACUCAUCAACGUGGAUGAGAUGGAAGUGGACCGACAGUGGUCCGUCUCUUACAUCGACUGGAGGCAGGCAAGUGUGGAUGUCCAGGAACGUAUGAUGACUGAGAGCGAGCCUGAUCGUGUCACUAUGGCACGAGAUCGGCUUCUAGCUUUUACAAACAGUCUUCAGCUCGUAGGAUUGGGUCACGACAGAGCACAGAAAGUAUUUGGAAGCGUCAUGAACAUCAUGAUAACAGACUUUGUUCGUGCAGCAUACACCGGUCAAUGGGAAGCGCCAUCUUCAGCUGAGCAACACUUGCGUCAUUGGAUUGAAAAUGUCUUUGGACGUCUCGCGGCGCAGGUUAUGGCUAUGAUACCAUCUCCAGGUACGACAAAUCAACUGUCCGUGGCCCUGGACGUGGGUCAUGGUAAUAUCGAAAAGUUCCAGACGACCGCUAUUGCCCGUCUCGGUCAACUUCGGACUAGUGAACUUUUCGAAGUCAUUGUAGAAUGGCCCGCAAGUUUAGGGGCUGUACAAGAUUUGCGAAACUUCGCGACACACCCAGAAGCCCGGUAUUAUAUCACACAGUCCUUUAUUCAGACUCUAAACCAACGCCUGCUUCACCCUGGCGCUUCGACUGUUGAAAUUUUACAAUUGUACAUUGCAAUAAUCCGUGCCUUUCACGUCUUAGAUCCGAAGGGCGUCCUCAUCGACCGUGUUGCUCGGCCGAUUCGCAGAUACCUGAGAGACCGUGUCGAUACUGCGAAAAUGAUCGUUGGGGGCCUUCUCACGGAGCCACGCGGUACUGAUGGGAAUGACGAACCUACCGCAGCCGACACGCUACCAGAACUGGCGACCGAACUUACCAAAGCACAUGAGCUAUCGCAACAAAAAAUAAGCAGUGGAUCAGACUGGCAUGAUAUGCACUGGAUGCCAGACCCCAUCGAUGCAGCUCCUGGUUAUCGCAAGUCAAAGAGUUUGGAUGUUAUUGACAGCCUGAUCAGCAUUUUCGACUCCAAGGAAGUCUUUGUCAAAGAAUUGCAGACCCUCCUUUGUGACCGUCUGCUCCAGAAUCGGAAGAAUUUCGAUUUAGAGAUUAAGGUGUUGGACCUGCUCAAGGCUCGGUUCGGUGAUUCGGCUUUACAAUCAUGUGAGGUUAUGUUGGGAGAUAUGGAAUACUCCCAACGUGUGAAUAACGACAUACGUUUCGUAGCAGGAUGGGUAAUUCGAGAGCCGACGCUCCGCCAACCGAGGCGCAAAAGCCGUCAUGGUAUUCCAGACCUCCAUUCCAAGAUAUUGUCCCGCUUUUUCUGGCCUGAGAUUCAAGACCAGCCGUACAAGAUCCCCGGCGUGAUUACGGCCCUUCAGGAGCAGUUCAGCAAUAUCUUCGCACGAAAUCAGCCCAAACGCCACUUGGAAUGGCGCAACAGUCUCGGCCAGGCAACCGUUGAGUUGAAGCUCGGCGACCGCACUGUCAUCGAAGAGGUUACGACUUGGCAGGCCACCGUUAUCUAUGCCUUUCACGGUAAAACUGAAGAGCAGGUCACGCGGACCAUCGACUCCCUUGUUGAAGAACUGGAAAUGGCAGCUCCCCUCGUCCGCAGCGCAUGCCUAUUCUGGACGGGCAAGCGCGUCCUCAAGGAAAUUCACCGUGACAUUUUCCGAGUCUUGGAAUUCCUCCCUGCCGAAGGCGAACAAAACGCAGUCGAUGGCAUCGCCAGUUUAUCCGAUGAAGAAGGCGAGGUAGGCGAGGCAGCCAAUGCAGCCGCAGCAGCAGAAGCUGCGGCCGUGGCCGCGGCGAAGGAAACCGCCGAAGCGGCCGCUACGGAGAAGAUGAAUCUUUAUUGGCAGUUUAUUGUCGGCAUGCUGACGAACCAGGGCUCAAUGCCCUUGGAGCGUAUCGUCAUGAUGUUGAAGAUUGUCGUUCCUGGCGGAUUCCCAUUCAGCAAUGAGGAACUGCAAGAGUUUCUUGCUGGUAUGGUGUCUCGUGGUAAGCUGACCAUGGGAGCUGGAGGUAACUACAAGGUUGUGCAUUAA